GUUCUUGCAGAGUGGAAGCAGAAGUUUGAGGAAAGCCAGGCAGAGCUGGAGGGAUCUCUAAAGGAAGCUCGUUCUCUCAGCACAGAGAUGUUCAAGCUGAAGAAUUCAUAUGAAGAAGCGAUAGAUCACCUGGAGACCCUGAAGAGAGAGAACAAGAACCUGCAACAGGAAAUCACAGAUUUGACUGAAAAUCUUGGGGAAUCUGGGAAGACAAUUCAUGAAUUGGAAAAGGCUAAGAAGACAGCCGAGAAUGAUAGAGCAGAAGUUCAGGCUGCCCUAGAAGAGGCAGAGGCUACACUGGAGCACGAAGAAUCAAAGAUCAUCCGUGUUCAGCUCGAGCUCACCCAGGUGAAAAAUGAAGUCGACAGAAAAAUUGCAGAGAAGGACGAGGAGAUUGAGCAGAUCAAGAGAAACAGCCAGAGAGUGAUUGAGACCAUGCAGAGUACUUUGGAUUCUGAAAUCAGGAGCAGGAAUGAUGCCCUGAGAAUCAAGAAGAAGAUGGAAGGAGACCUCAAUGAGCUGGAGGUUCAGCUGAGCCACGCAAACCGCCAGGCAGCUGAAGCCCAGAAACAGCUGAGAAACGUUCAGGGACAACUUAAGGAUGCCCUGCUGCACCUUGAUGAAGCUCUCAGAGGUGAGGCGGACAUGAAGGAGCAGGUUGCCAUGGUGGAGCGCAGGAACAACCUGAUGAUGGCUGAGAUCGAGGAGCUGAGAGCAGCACUGGAGCAGACAGAGAGGUGCCGCAAAGUGGCUGAACAGGAGCUGGUUGAUGCCAGCGAGCGAGUGGGACUGCUGAACGCUCAGAACACAAAUCUCAUCAACACUAAAAGAAAGUUAGAGACUGACCUUGUCCAGAUCCAAGGGGAAGUGGAAGACUCUAUCCAGGAAGCCAGAAAUGCUGAAGAAAAGGCCAAGAAAGCCAUCACUGAUGCCGCCAUGAUGGCAGAAGAGCUGAAGAAGGAGCAGGACACCAGCUCUCAUUUGGAGAGGAUGAAGAAGAACCUGGAGGUGACAGUGAAGGACCUGCAGAUCCGCCUGGAUGAAGCCGAGAAUCUGGCCAUGAAGGGCGGCAAGAAGCAGCUCCAGAAACUGGAGGCUAGGGUCCGUGAUCUUGAGUCUGAGGUGGAGGCGGAGCAGAAACGUGGAGCUGAAGCUGUUAAAGGCGUCCGCAAAUAUGAACGCAGAGUGAAGGAACUGACUUACCAGACUGAGGAGGACAAGAAGAAUGUCGCCCGACUUCAGGACCUGGUGGACAAGCUGCAGCUGAAAAUGAAAGCCUACAAGAGGCAGUCUGAGGAGGCUGAGGAGCAGGCCAACACUCACCUGUCCAAGUACAGGAAGGUGCAGCAUGAGAUGGAGGAGGCUGAGGAGCGGGCGGACAUCGCAGAGUCUCAGGUCAACAAGCUGAGGGCAAAGAGUCGGGAGAUCGUCAGGGGAAAGGAGGCUGAAGAAUGAGCAUCAGAGAAGAGGAAACGCAGCACAAGAAAUCAUAAAAUAUGACCUUUGAUGUGUCAUGUAUGUAACAA